CUACCAAAAGUUUGGAAACGAAAGUUCAAAGCGGGAAUCUAAGAUUCUGGGAGGCGGAAAAAACUUUGAAGAUAAGCUCUUCUGCGCACUAUGGCGGUGGCUCUACCGGGCUGAUGAGGGUGGCUGUUAUAUUGUGCUUCCCCCUCACAGUUUGUUGGGGGGUUUGUUUUUUUGGAAUGGGACAACUCUGAGAGACAAAAAAAAGUGAAGUUGCUCGGAGUUCCACGCUUAUUGCUGGUGGCAAGGAGGCAAUUUCUGGGCCAUGGUGAUGGCGGCAGAUGAUGGAGGAGACGGUGACCCCCAGUGCCCGGUGGCAAGAGAUGAAGACAAGGUGAGCAAGAGGAGGAAGAAGAAGAGGAGGAAAAGCAAAGAGAGCAAGACAAGGAGUGUCUGCUCCAACCUGCUGUAUGAGAGCAGCGGCAAGGGAGCCUCGGACAACCCUAACCGGCUACACGCCGCCAACUCCAUCAAGACCACCAAAUACACGGCGCUGUCCUUCCUGCCCAAGAACCUCUUCGAGCAGUUCCACCGCCUGGCCAAUGUCUACUUCGUCUUCAUCGCCCUGCUCAACUUCGUGCCUGCCGUCAACGCGUUCAAACCCGAGCUGGCCCUGGCACCGGUACUCUUCAUAUUGGCUGUCACCGCCAUCAAGGACCUGUGGGAGGAUUACCGGAGGUACCGCUCCGACAAGGAGAUCAACCACAUGGAUUGCCUGGUGUACAGCAGGAGUGAGAGGAAGUAUGUUGAAAAAUACUGGAAAGAAGUGCAAGUUGGAGAUUUUGUUCAACUGCGAUGCAACGAAAUAAUUCCCGCUGAUAUUUUACUGCUGUCCUCUAGUGAUCCUGAUGGGCUGUGUCACAUUGAAACCGCCAAUUUGGAUGGAGAGACAAACUUGAAACAAAGACAAGUGGUGAAGGGAUUCUCUGACCUGGAAUCUGAAUUUGAUCCAGUGAAGUUUAACAGUGUCAUAGAAUGUGAGAAACCAAAUAACGACCUCAGUAGGUUCCGAGGUUAUAUUGUUCACAAAAAUGGGAAAAAGGCUGGACUUUAUAAAGAAAAUCUCUUGUUACGAGGGUGUACUCUUCGAAACACAGAGGUUGUUUCUGGAAUUGUUAUAUAUGCAGGCCAUGAGACCAAAGCUUUGUUAAACAACAAUGGACCUCGCUACAAACGUAGCAAGCUUGAGAGGCAGAUGAACACGGAUGUCUUUUGGUGUGUGCUUAUACUCCUAGUUAUGUGCCUCUUUUCGGCCAUUGGUCAUGGUCUCUGGGUUUGGCAGUAUGGAGAAAAGAGACCAGUGUUUGACGUAUUGGGGCCAGAUGGAAACUAUGUCAGUCCAGUACUUUCUGCUGUCUAUUUAUUUUUCACCAUGAUAAUUGUUUUACAGGUGCUCAUUCCGGUUUCCCUAUAUGUUUCCAUUGAAAUUGUUAAAAUCUGCCAAGUGUACUUUAUUCAUCAAGACAAAGACCUGUACGAUGAAGAAACGGACUCCCAGCUACAGUGCCGGGCACUGAAUAUUACUGAAGACCUAGGACAGAUACAAUAUGUGUUUUCUGACAAAACUGGAACACUUACUGAAAAUAAAAUGGUUUUCCGAAGAUGCACAGUCUCUGGUGUGGAGUAUUCCCACGAUGCCAACGCAAAGCGUCUUGCGAUGUAUCAAGAGGUAGACUCUGAAGAUGAUCAAAAUGGACCAAAAGCUGCUACCUUGCCCCGCCGGGACAGCAGUGGCAGCCAUCACAGUGUUAAAGCUGUCCACCGGAGUCAUAGUACCAAAACUCACCGACGCACGGGCAGCAGAGCCGAGGCAAUGAGGGCCAGUAUCCUGUCUAAGCAUACAGCUUUCAGUAGCCCUAUGGAAAAAGAUAUUACCCCUGACCCAAAACUCCUAGAAAAGGUCAACGAUUGUGCAAAAGCUUUGAAAACUGUGAAAAAUCACGGACAGCUAUUGUCUCAACUCACACCUGAGCUGCUGGAUAUCUUUGACUUUUUUGUUGCUUUGACAAUUUGCAAUACUGUGGUCGUUACGUCUCCAAACCAACCACGACAAAAGGUGAGAGUCAGAUUCGAGCUGAAAUCUCCUGUCAAGACAAUAGAGGAUUUCAUCCGUAGAUUUACUCCAAGCCGUUUGACAUCUGGCUCCAACAGCAGCAGUUCAUCUAGUCUUUCAACAAGUAAAUCCAUGCAAAGGUUUGGAUCUGGCGUGCUGUCUUCUAGUUCGAUUGACGGCAAUUUUGUCAAGUUGGAAGGAAACCUGUCCGGCUCUCCGCAGAGGGGUUUUAACGGACUGGCUUCUAAGGCUGGCAUGGCAUCAGAAGGGCAAGAAGGAGAAUUACGUUAUGAAGCAGAGUCUCCCGAUGAAGCUGCUCUUGUAUACGCAGCCAGGGCAUAUAAUUGUUCUCUGGUUGGUAGAUUGUCUGACCAAGUGACCGUAGAACUGCCACACUUGGGGAGGUUGAAUUUUGAACUGUUACACACCCUGGGCUUUGAUUCCAUCAGAAAAAGAAUGUCCGUGGUGGUCAGACACCCUCUCACAGAUGAAAUAGUUGUUUACACAAAAGGGGCGGAUUCCGUCAUCUUGGAUCUUGUUCAGCCAUGUUCCAAAGACAGCUCUAUAGGAAAACACCAAAGAAAAAUUCAAGCGAAAACGCAACAUUAUCUGAACUACUAUGCAAUUGAUGGACUGCGGACCUUAUGUAUAGCUAAACGAGUUCUCGGCAAGGAGGAAUAUGCAUGUUGGUUAAAAUUUCAUUUACAAGCAGAAUCCUCGCUAGAGAAUCGUGAAGAGCUACUGUUUCAAUCUGCAGUUCGCCUGGAGACCAAUCUACACUUGCUUGGUGCUACUGGCAUAGAGGACCGCUUACAGGAUGGAGUUCCAGAGACCAUCACUAAGCUGCGAAAAGCAGGACUCCAGAUUUGGGUUCUGACUGGCGACAAGCAAGAAACUGCCGUGAAUAUUGGGUAUUCUUGCAAGCUUUUAGAUCAUGAUGAUGAUAUCAUCACUCUAAAUGCUGAAUCCUUGGAAGCCUGCGCUGCUUUGCUCGAUCAGUGUUUGCACUAUGUGGAAUCCAAGAUCUCGAGUGAUUCCAAAGAGAAGGCUGCUGGAAAUGCCAACAUCAGUUCUGUCCAAAGCAAUCCCCAAUUGUCUUCGAGAUCAAAGCUAUCAAACCUUGGCCUUGUAAUUGAUGGGAAGACGCUGGCCUUUGCACUAGAUACAACACAAGCAGACACGUUUUUGUCACUUGCGAGGCAGUGUCGCUCUGUUCUCUGCUGCCGGUCUACUCCACUUCAGAAGAGCAUGGUGGUGAAACUGGUGCGAGACAAGCUCAAAGCCAUGACACUGGCGAUAGGGGAUGGAACCAACGAUGUCAGCAUGAUACAGGUGGCAGAUGUUGGUGUUGGAAUAUCUGGCCAGGAAGGCAUGCAGGCAGUAAUGGCAAGCGACUUUGCUGUCCCAAGAUUCAGAUAUUUGGAGAAACUUCUGCUUGUCCACGGCCGAUGGUGUUAUUCACGACUGGCUAACAUGGUGUUAUACUUCUUCUAUAAGAACGCAAUGUUUGUGGCGCUCCUCUUUUGGUUUCAGUUCUACUGUGGCUUCUCUGGAUCUUCAAUGAUUGACCAGUGGUAUUUGAUCUUUUUUAAUUUAUUGUUCUCAUCCAUUCCACAACUUGUAACUGGAAUUCUUGACAAGGAUCUUCCAGAAGAGAUGUUGAUUGCAGUGCCUGAACUCUAUAAAAGUGGGCAGAUGAUGGAGGAAUAUAAGCCUCAUAUGUUUUGGAGUAACAUGAUUGAUGCUUUUUACCAAAGUCUCAUGUGCUUUUUCAUUCCGUAUUUUACUUUUUAUGAUUCUGAUACCGAUUUGUUCACUUGGGGAACUCCAAUUGUCACGUGUGCACUUUUCACCAUUAUGCUGCAUUUAGGUAUUGAGACUAAAACAUGGACGUGGAUCAACGUGUGCUCUAUUGUGUACAGUAUCCUCCUGUUUUUUUGUGUGGCUUUGAUUUACAAUUCAUCCUGUCCGACAUGCAGCCCUCCUUCAAAUCCAUAUUGGACAAUGCAGAAUCUAAUGGCCAGUCCUUCAUUUUAUUUAAUUUGCAUUUUGUGUCCUACUGCUGCUUUAUUACCCAGGUUUUUGUACAAAGCUGUUCAGGGAACUCUAUGUCCAACCCAGGUGCAAAUUGGUCGACAGGUUCUUAAAGCUCACCCGGAGUGCCUGACUCAUGUUAUCAACCGGCUGAACUCAAAUACACCACCAGCAGCUACUGAAAAGCAGGAUAACACUACAGUAUCAAACAUCAGUGAUAUCCAUCCGUCCAGGAACAAAAGAGACUCUGAUGUGCUGCAUGAGAAGAAAGGCCAGUAUUUACCUUUGCAAAACAAAGAAGGGAAUCCAACAAGUGAUGCAAGUAUAUGUCUCAGUCCUCUAACUUCUACAAACAAGAAGCCGGAUAAUCCAUUGAUGGUUAGUAACCAGCUCGGUUAUCAAGACUCUCCUGUUACAGCAAACUCCCAUUGGAGCACACCAUCUGCCGAUCUGGACCAAUCAGAUGUCAGCUUAAUAAAUUGGAUGACAUCAACUCCUUUGUUUAAAGAGUAUUCCCAACCAAAGCACCUGUUAAGCAGUGAUCAAACAAGAUCGUCAGACUCUAGGUUUUUGCCGUCUGAUCUCUAUAUGCCCAAAGACCAGGAGGAAGUGGCAAUAUGUAAUAUUGGUUUCCACCCUGAAAGUUUCAUAAGGACCGUGGGGAACGGGGAAACGCUAGAAACAACUUUUUUAUAAAAUUUAGGGAAACGUUAUUUAUAUUUUCUACUUUGCACAGUGAACUCGAUUUUUGUUUUUACUUCUGAAAGAGAAGAUUGUUGGUACAAAGACUUUUGUAUUAUGUAUAUCUUAUGUCUCUGAUCAGAGCUUUAAAUAUAUAUAUAUAUGAAAUUUUUUAGUAAUAUUUUGAUAUAUAUUUUAUUGGGAGACUAGAAUAGAGGAUAUUGUUUAAAAAAAAAAAAAAUACUGGUUAACUGGCUUACCAAACUUUAAUUGUAUAGGAAAGAAAAUAUGCAUAUAUUUUACAUAGAGCAAGUUUAUGUUUUAUGUUACAUUACUGUGCAAUUUAAUGCUGCAAUGCCCGUGUCCUAGAAAGAAUAUAUAUAUCUGUCAAUAACACUGAAAAACAGUGGUCUGCUUUUUUCCCUAUGAUUUUGGUGUAAAUCAAAAAAACGUAAGUUCUUUAUUUUUCCGUAGCAGCUAAAAAUUGUUUUUGUUUGAAUAUAAAUAAAUAUGUAUGAAUACGUUUACAA